CGCCGCUCCUCCAUCGCAAGCAUCCGUGGCUCAUAUCAAGCCUCCACUCAGCGCAUAGCCCGUCACCCAUGCCCCGCACAUCAUGACACCCGAGACGCCCGCGGACUCAGACUUGCAGUACAUCCGCUCGCUGUCCCCGCGGCUACGGACGAGCGAGGACUCGGCGCUUGCCGAGGUGCUGGAGCACCCCGCCGCUCACCCCCCCGAGCCCGCGGAACCAGCAGAGAAGACGAAUUCUGAGAGUGUAGACGCGGCACCCUCCCUACUCGGCCCACCCCCCGACGGCGGGCUGCGUGCAUGGCUCGUAGUCAUCGGCUCGGCGUUCGCCAUCUUCUGCGUCCUCGGCCUCGUCACGGGCGCAGGCCAGUUCCAGGCAUACUACCUCGCACACCAGCUGAAGGGGUACUCGCCGUCGACGGUCGCGUGGCUCGCGAGCAUCCAAAUCACGCUGACGUUCGGCGGUGCCGUCGUCUCGGGCGCGCUGUUUGAUGCGUACUCUGCCCAGCCGCUGGUCAUGCUCAGUACGUUGGGACAGUUCGGGUCGUUGGUUGCUCUGGCUUUCUCGACGCGCUACGUCCACUUUCUCCUCUCGCACGCGGCCUUCGGCGUCUCCGCCGCCAUCGUGUACUCGCCCGCGACGGGCAUCGCGGCACACUGGUUCCUCCGGCGCCGCGGCACCGCCGUCGCGGUCAUCAUGUCGGGCGCUGGCGCCGGCGGCGUCGUCUACCCGAUCCUCAUUAAGAACCUAACUGACCGUUUCGCAUGGCGCGACGCCAUCCUGAUCCUCGCCGGCAUCCACUUCGCGCUCAUGCUCCCCGGGUGCUUGUUCAUGAAGAAGCGCCUGCCAAACCGGCCGCCGGUGCCGCUCCGCGCCCUCGCACGCCCAUGGAAAGACUUCCGCUACUGCUUCCUGAUCGUGGGCCAGUCGCUGACCUCGCUCGCCGUCUUCUCCCCGUACUUCAACGCAGCGCUGUACGCGCGCGCGAACAACGCGUCGCCCACCGUCGUAGGCUACGCCGUCGCGAUCCUGCAAGCGGGCAACUUUGUGGGCCGCAUGGCGUCGGGCCCGCUCGCCGACGCGCUCGGCACAUGGCGCGUCUUCGUCGCCUUCGCCCUCCUCUCCGCCGUCACGCUGUUCGCGUUCUUCGUCGCGCCCAUGGGCACGGCGGGCACCGUCGCCGGCCUCGCGAUAUACGGCGCCGUAAGCGGCGGGCACGUCACCCUCAUCCCCGCUGUCACGGCGAGCAUUUCGCCGGCGCACGAAAUCGGCAUGCGCCUCGGCUUGCUCUGGACCGUGCUUGCGGCGAGCAUGCUCGUCGGCCCCGUUAUUAGCGGCGAGCUCGUGGCCGCCGGCGGCGGGCUGUAUAAGUGGGCUGGGCUGUGGAAUGCGCUGCAGUUCUGUCUCUCGUCCGCCGUGCUCAGCGUGCCGGGCAUCGUCAUGUGGCGGCGGCGGCGGAGGGGCGAGGCAUAGUUGCACAUGUCGGCAUUUGUACCAUAUUCUGCAUCCAAUCGAG